AUGCAGGCAGAUGUUGAUAACAGUGGUAGUAUUGAUUAUGGGGAAUUCAUAGCUGCAACUUUGCAUCUAAACAAAGUUCAGAAGGAAGACAAUCUUUUUGCUGCUUUUUCAUAUUUUGACAAAGAUGGCAGUGGCUACAUCACCCAAGAUGAGCUUCAACGAGCUUUCGAAGAGUUUGGAAUAGAGGAUGUCCAGGUAGAAGAGAUGAUGAAAGAAGUUGACCAAAACAAUGUAAGUGCUCCCGUUAUCUCAUGCGGACUCAAGUCAAUAAAUUACUUAUCUUGA